AUGCCACAACGGAUAGCAACCCUCCUCGCUCGCCAGACCCGGCGCGCCCUCAAGCGGCCCAGUACCAGCAGCAGCACCUCCCUUCAACCAUCGAUCCCUACCUGUGCCCUCCUAGCACACUACCACCAAUCCAAACCCCUCCGCCAAAACUCCGUCAUUUCAUCGACUCCAUCCGAGCUCGCCCUUACACCCAGAACUCGCCCGACCUACUCCCUGCUCACCCUGACCCUCAACCUUCGCAAAGGCACCACGACUUUGCGCACAUUUUCUUCAACCACAAGAAACACCAACAGCAUCCGUACCUUCUCGACUACUUCUCAGCGCUUCGCCGCGCCGCCUACCGCAGAUGCCCUCGUAGAAACCCUCACAGAUCUCUACGGCACUGCCCGCGACGAGUUCGAGAUCGCAGCCGAAGAAACAGAGAAGAAAACCGUGUAUGCGGCGGACGACCGGGCUGCGGCGCGGGAAGCAUUCGAGGAGUUGCAAAGCACCUAUGAGGGGUCACUGAAAGAGGCUACGCCGGAGACGGCACAGGAGGUACAGAGGCGGGUGGGUCAGAGGGUGAGGGAGUUGGAACAUGCGUUGAAGGGAUUGGAGGAAGCCGCGCUGCAUGAUGACUGA